GUUCGUGAAGCACUCUUUAAGCGAAGAGGAACACACAGCACAACGUGAGAACCAUGCCGAAAUCCAAGAGAGACAAGAAAAUUUCUUUAACCAAAACAACCAAGAAGGGGUUGGAAGCCAAACAAAACUUGAUUGAAGAGCUGCGGAAAUGUGCAGACAUCUACAGAUACGUGUUUGUGUUCUCAGUGGAAAACAUGAGAAACAACAAACUGAAAGACAUCAGGACGGCCUGGAAGCAUAGCAGGUUCUUCUUCGGUAAGAAUAAAGUCAUGAUGAUUGCGCUGGGUAAAGGACCAACAGACGAAUACAAAGAUAACCUGCAUAAACUGAGCAGGUUUCUCCGAGGGGAAGUGGGGGUUUUGUUCACAAACAAAACUAAAGAUGAAGUGCAGGAAUAUUUCGGGAACUUUAAAGAGGUGGAUUAUGCUCGUGCUGGAAACACAGCAAGCAUGGCGGUGACUCUGGAUGAGGGUCCGCUGGAUCAGUUUCCACACUCAAUGGAGCCGCAGCUCAGACAGCUCGGCCUCCCGACCGCUCUGAAGAAAGGUGUGGUGACGCUGAUAAAGGAUUUUGAAGUGUGUAAAGAGGGAGACACACUCACACCUGAACAGGCUCGGAUUCUGAAACUCUUUGGAUUCGAGAUGGCGGAGUUCAAGUUGUCGAUUAAGUGCAUGUGGAAUUCUGAAUCCGGGGAGUUUGAGAAGCUGACAGACGGUGAUGAUGAUGAUGAGACUAAAGAAGCAGAGGAUGAAGACUCAGAAGGCGAAGAAGGGAGUGAAUAAAACCUGCACACACACAAUGGACUUUAUCUGCCAUGAACAUUUGUAUGUGUUGAUCCGACAUGAACAUGUACACUUUAUUUUAAAGAGUGUUCCUUUAGUGAGACUUACUGUCUUCUGCACACUGUUGAGGUUAUAUUUUCACUGUCUCUACAUUAAUACAAGAUUCUGUACUGCACAGAGAGAACGGCUGAGGGAAACGUGAUCUGUGCUAUUCUAACUGUUCAUUAUAAGUUAUUGUAACUCAUUUUUGGCAACGAGUAAACAAACAACAGUGAUCCCACA